AGGGGAAAUAAAUUUGUGAGGUUAGCCUCUCUAAGCAUUAAUUUUAAGUUCUAUUUAAUUGCGCUCAAGUUUGAAUACUAAACCUUUUUUUUUUUUUUUGGCUUCAUUUUGCAUAUGGCAACUUCUAAUCAUCGCCUCAGAUAAAUCUUUAACUGGGCAUUAUGCUGAUGUAGUUUUUCCGAGGAAAGUUAGAAACUCACUGGCUUCUGUCGUGGAAAGUGUACGGGAGGGUUGAGAUGGGUUCCAAAAGGAUCAAAAGCAACUUACACUCUGCCCGUAACAAGUCAGAAAAAAUAAUUCUUGAUCCACGGGGAUCUUUCCUUCAAAACUGGAACAAAAUAUUUCUCCUAUUCUGUAUAAUUGCUGUGGCACUGGACCCUCUUUUCUUCUACAUCCCAGUGGUUGUGAACGACGAAACCCGAAAAUGCCUCAACCUGGAUAAAAGACUGGGGAUCAUUGCCUGUGUCCUUCGUACAUUCAUGGAUGCCUUUCAUAUAAUUCACAUGAUCUUUCAAUUCCGAACCGGCUUCAUUGCCGCUUCUUCUAGAAUCUUUGGUACGGGUGAGUUGAUUGUUAAUCCUCGGACUAUUGCAAAGAGGUACUUGUUCACAUACUUCAUCAUCGACGUCCUGGCAAUUCUUCCACUUCCACAGCUUGUAAUUUUGCUUGUCCCUUCAUUGAAAGACCAGCCCGUUGCAUUUGUAACGAAAGAGUCAUUAAAAUACAUUAUCAUCUGUCAAUAUGUGCCGAGAAUUGUUCGAAUUGUUCCUCUUUAUAUAGAAGUUUCAAGAACUUCAAGCAUUAAUAUUGUCCCUGAAUCUGCUAGGGCUGGAGCUGCUUUGAAUCUAUUCCUGUACAUGCUAGCCAGCCAUGUUCUAGGGGCCAUCUGGUACUUGCUUUCAGUAGAAAGACAAGUCCGGUGUUGGGGUGAUGUUGCUAGGAAACAUAGGCGUGACCGACGUCUUUUGUACUGUAAUGAUGAUAAAGAUCCUAGACGAACCGACCAUUCAUCAAACCCUGAUUUGCUACCUCUCCUGAAUACUUACUGCCCUUUGAUCAAUCCUGAUGAUACAAAUUCAACAGUCUUCAAUUUUGGAAUAUUUAUUGAUGCACUCCAUUGCCUUCCAAGAGUUCUCAGACUAGACAUAAAGCGUCAUCUUUGCUUGGAUUUGCUCAUGAGAGUACCCAUGUUUGAGAAAAUGGAUGAGCAGCUGUUUGAUGCAAUGUGUGAUCGUCUCAAACCGGUAUUUUACACUGAAAAAAGCUUCAUUGAAAGGGAGGGGGAUCCGAUCGAGGAGAUGCUGUUUAUAAUACGAGGAAAUUUGGUCAGUCAUUCCACCAAUCGUGGAAUAACUGGCUUCUUCAAAGUUGGUUAUCUCAAAGCCGGUGACUUUUGUGGAGAACCACUUAUUGGUUGGGCCUUGAAUCAUCAGUCCUCCUCUCAUCUACCCAUCUCCCCCAGAACCGUAGAGGCUUUGUCCGAAGUCGAAGCCUUUGCUCUGUUAGCUGACGACCUCAAGUUCGUUGUCUCCCAGUUCGGGCCUCUCCAUAGGAAACAGCUUCAGCACACUUUCAGAUUCUACUCCGUGCAUUGGAAGAUAUGGGCGGUCAGCUUCAUACAGGCAACCUGGCGGCGGUACUGCAAAAGGAAGCUUCUUAAAUCGUUACGGGAAGAGGAAGCUAAUGACUCCGGUUUAUCGCCGACCCCCGGCGCCACGAUUUACGCAUCGAGAUUUGCAGCCAACCUGUUGCGAAACUUGCGACAGCAUGAGACUCCCACCCCCAGAAUGCUGUCUCAGAAGCCGGCGGAGCCUGAUUUUACUGCUUAUCAAAACCAGUGAAUGUUAAUUCUCUGUUUUUCUAUUUUCUGUUUAUAUAUGCUUGGAUAAAUUCGGAAGGAUGAUAUGCGGUGAAUAAGGCAUGUGGGACCUAGAUGACGAUAUGGCUGCCAAGUAGGAUUAAUUAUGUGUUGUCGUUUUACGUUAUGUCAGAGGUCGUUUCUAAUAGGGUUAGGUUAUUUAGGAGCUUUGUGUUUCAUUUUUUGAGGAGUCCACAAUUAUUUUCUUCAACCUCUAGCUUUCUCCUCUUGUUA